CAGCGGAACGCGGGAAUCUCGGGUGUUUUCUUCGCCGCCUGAGUCCCGGUCCGGGCAUGGAGGUGCGGGGCGCCAGGACCCGGCAGAGCACGCGCCGCUCCCACCAGGCUGCAGACGGCGACGAGAGUGAGGAAAAAGAAGGGGCGCCGGGCGCCCAGCCCCCACUUACCCGGAGCAGCCCCCGCCGGAAUGCUCCGGAAGAAGAGAAGGAGGUUCCGAGCGCCCCGCUUCGCUCCGGCCCCAGGCCCAGGCGUUCUUUGCGCAGCAGGGGCGUGAACGUUCGGGAGGAGGAGAAAAAGGAGGGAGAAGCGGGAGAGAAGCAGCGAGCAGUUCCAAGCGCCACGCCCCGCUCCAGCCGGGAGGAGGAGGAGGAAGCGCGGAGCGGCGGCUUGCGGCGUUCCCUGCGCCGCUCUACAACACAAGCCCUGAAGGAGGACGGGGGAGCGCCGAGCCCCGAGUCCCGGCGAGCCAGGCGCAGCGGCCGCAGGAGCUCUCGGGGAAAAGAGGAGGAAGCGCGAGGUCGCAGCCCCGGCGAGAAUGCGCCGCAGGACCAGGAGGAGGUCCGGCCGGACCGCAGCUCCCCGGAGGAGGCCCAAGGGGAGGUCCGGGACACCCGUGCCCCGGGCGCCGGACCUCGUUUAGACCAGGGUCCCCGGAAGGAGGAGGGAAAGGAAGGAGGGAACAACAGGUCCUUGCGCUCCAGGAGCAGGACCAGCCGGGACUGGAAUAUGCGAGAGGAAGAGGAGGACGUCCGGAUUCCCACGUCCCUGCGCCCCAAAAGCGGGGCUAGCGGGAACGCUACACCUGUGAGCGCCGAAAGCCGUGCGGGCAGGGAGAGGGCGGCAGGGCCGCAGCCGGGCCCCGCGCUGCGGCGCGGCAGGAGCGGCGCCAGCGGGGAGGGCAGAGUGCGGGGGACUGGGUCCGGCCGGCGGGUGGCCUCUGCCCCGGCCAGAUACGCGGCUGGAGCAGAGGACGCGGAAGCGCCGCGCCUCGGAGACGCUGCGCCCCGGGCCGCAGCCGGGGACCGAGACAGAGGCCCCUUGGGCAAGGAGGUGUGGGGAGGGGAGAAGCUGGGGCGGAGGUCCCAGCGCCCGACGCCCAGCCCGCGCCGGGACGCGGCGGACUCCGCGCCGACCUCCGCGCCGAUCUCCGCGCCGACCUCGCCCACCAACCCGAGCGGACCCGAGCCCCCUCCUGCCGCGUUCUGCACCAAGGAGGCUGGAGAAGAAGGAGCGGAGGAGGAUGAGGACUGGAACAUGGUUCGGCAGCUGCUCAGAUUAAAGAACCAAAUUAAACAACAAUUGUUGGAAUAUAAGGCAGAGGUUGAAGCAAGUAAAAUGAGUCCUACAGAAGAAUGUACAGAAGAUAACUUAAUUCAAAAGAUUGAAGAUCUAGAAAGGAAAAUGGAAGACAUGAAGAUUGAGUUAGAAGCAAAAACUCUAGCUUUAAAAAGGAUCCAGGUUGCACACGCCCUUGAGAAAAAACUGGAAAAAAAAGAUGCUGAUUUUGAACCAAUCUUGGCAAUUAUGAAAAACAUUUUAACUGUUAAUGGUUCAAUCCUGAAAGCACAACAGCUAACUCGGGACCUGGAGGAGAAAAUGCUGGAAGUUAAGAAGAAGAGAUUAAUGUUUAAAAAAGCUGGAGAAGAAAAGGUACUAGAAAUAAAGGCUGAGAAGAAAAGGAAAAAAGAUGAAUCAAGCCUCCUGAACAAUAGUCCCUUGAUAAUUAAAAUGAAGAAAAACCUACAAAAGGAGAUAGACACAACUGUCAUUAUUCAAAAUGUUUUUCAGCACAUCGUUAUGGCAGCAAAGAUCGACUGGGCAGCGGAUCCAGACUUGAAGGCUCUUAUUUUACAGUUUGAAAAAAAUUUAAAUUUUAUUUGAACAAUUCUGUUUGUUUACAUGCAAUUAAAUAGCAAUUUUAAGGAGAAACUAUAUAUAUUUUUGGCUCCAUUCAACUAUUUCAGACUGUUUAAAACAUUUGUUUCAGUAACACUAACUUUUAGAGUCAUUCUUUAUCAAUUAUUAAAAAUUACAUUGUAUCACAGAAUUCAGAAUCUUUGAGUUAGAAGCAUCCCUAAAGGUCAAGUCCAACUUCUCAUCUAACCUGGGAAUCUUCUCUAUGAUAUCUGCAACAGACAGUUAUUUAGUCAUUGUUUGAACCUUUUCAGUGACUGAAUACUCACUACCUCAUUAGACAAACUACUCCAUAUCUAAAUAAUCCAGAUGGUUAUUCCUUUAUCAAUUGUUUAUUGAUUAGUAAUUUAGGAAAUAGUGGUUAUAUUCCACUUUAAAAGAUGGAUCUUUUAUGAUAUUUAAAACUUUAAUAAAGUUACAGAUUAAAUUACAA